ACCCCUCCACAGGAUGAAAAACACCGAGAUCUUUUCGAAAGGCGUCCCAGUUUAGUGAGGAAUUUAGAAGAAGAAAAAAAUCUUUGUUUAAAAUUUACCACUACAUGGUCCAUACUGAUUCGGCUGUACAAAACACUCCAAACAAUUGUAUGAUUCACUAGUUUGUUGGUUUGCCUCUUUUUUCUUUGCAGAAUUUCCAACUGUGAUGUCGUCAGGUUUAAACAAGGGUGCACUAGCAGGGAUUUUGGUAGGAACGAUUACUGCUGCUAUUGCAGUAUCUGUGGGUUUUACCAUUUUUAUAAUGAGAAAACGCUCAAAACAUCGAACAGUUUCGAGGAAGUCAUUAUUGUCGAGGUUCUCUGUCAAGGUCGAUGGUGUGAGAUGCUUCACAUUUGAAGAAAUGGCUAAAGCGACCAAUGAUUUCGAUGAUUCAGCUGAAGUUGGUCAAGGAGGUUAUGGAAAAGUCUAUAGAGGUAAUCUAGAUGAUGGAACAGCCGUUGCAAUCAAACGAGCACAUGAAGAUUCUCUGCAAGGUUCAAAGGAAUUUUGCACGGAAAUAGAACUGCUGUCAAGAUUGCAUCAUCGUAAUUUGGUAUCCCUCAUUGGCUAUUGUGAUGAAGAAGAGGAACAGAUGUUGGUGUAUGAAUUCAUGCCAAAUGGCACCCUACGUGAUCAUCUUUCCGUAACUUCUAAAAGACCUCUGAACUUCAGUCAGAGGUUGCAUAUUGCAAUGGACGCUGCAAAGGGAAUCCUCUAUCUACACACUGAGGCAGAUCCUCCUAUAUUCCACCGUGAUGUUAAGGCCACCAACAUUCUAUUGGACUCUAAGUUUGUAGCGAAGGUGGCUGACUUUGGUCUUUCAAGGCUUGCUCCGGUCCCAGAUAUCUCAGGAACAUUGCCGGCUCAUAUCUUCACUGUUGUCAAGGGCACUCCAGGGUAUCUUGAUCCAGAAUACUUCCUGACUCAUAAAUUAACAGAAAAAGUGACGUUUAUAUAA